ACUGUCAAAAUUGACAAAGUUGGGGGAAACCCCGCAUCUAGCGAUAAAAAAAAUUGUCGCUGGUUUUAUGCUUCAUUCUUUCCAAAUCGUAUUUAUUUACAACAAAAACUUUUUGUUUGGCCCACUAAUUGCGGAAAAAGUGCACGAUGGUUCGCCUGUGCUGCAUCCCCAUCUGCCCCAAUUCGAAAACGGACCGGGGAAUAACGUGCUUCCCAUUUCCUUUGGGUGUCGAGCUCCGCAACCAGUGGAUCGACUUCGUCGGGGGCGAUCCGAACCGGUUCCGCUGGAGAUCGAAGUACAUAUGCGCUGAUCAUUUCAUGCAGCUGGAAGUGCUAGAGAUCGAUGGCCAAACGCAACUGCUGGAGGGAGCUGUUCCAAUGGUUUACUCUCCGGAUGACGAUGACGGCGAUGAGCUGAUGGAUAGGAAUGAUGUGAUGGUAUCGGAAGAAACGACAAUCUGGAACCGAUCGAGCAUGGAUGCAAGUAAGAAUUCCAACGGAGGGAUACCAGUGGUGGCAGAAGCAGAGCUUCUUCAUUCCUCGUUCUGUCGGAUCUGUCUGAAAAAGGCGGAAGGGUUAAUCCCGCUGAAUUCUAAACUGCACAAUGCCAAUCUCGUGGAUAUGAUAUUCACGAUUACGGGGUUAAAAAUUGACACCGGAGGGAUGCUUCCGAAGAAGAUCUGCGCCGAAUGCGUUGGGAAGGUUGAUUUGGCGUUCAACAUUCGGGUGGAGUUGAUGCAUCACGCCCGCACCCUUCAGAAUCUGCUCAAUACCGAUCAGCUGCUGCUUUACUAUGAGCGAUAUGAGGACCGCUCUAAGAAAAUGGGAAGUUCGAACGAAGGUUAUCUCAGUAAUUUAAUCGAUAAUGUCAAGCAAGAAGUGACUACAGAUGAUAAUGUGGCGGUUGUUACAAUGAACCUUGACGUUACCCCAAUUGAAACGGCUGCUGUAAAUGCAACAAAAGAAAUUGAGGUGAUGGAACUUCCAUCAGUGGAACAAUUCAUUGAAAGUACAAUCCAAUCCGAAAUGAAAAACGAAAUAGAAGCUGACCUCAGAGACAGCCAAAAUGUGUUAGAUAGCAAUGCUCCAGUCUCGUUUCCAGAUCAUUCGGAUUUUUCUGAGGAUGAAGACCAAGCAAAUGAAGAUAGAAUAAUUUCAGAAAAUAAACCCAACGAAAGUAAGAAGUAUGUCUUCUCGUGGAAAGAGCUCUGCAAACCGAAACCGAAGACCGAAGCCAAACAGAAGACACAACCCAAAAUAUCGGAAUACCUGCCAAGACCAACUUUGGUACCGCACACAUGCUACAUCUGUGACACCGUGAAUAAAGAUGCCGACGAGUUGGACACUCACAUGGAGCAGCACGUGAGCAUGCUUCCGUACAAGUGCGAACGGUGCAGCACCGAGCAGGUGCCCCAGGUGCUCAGAUCGUUGAUCUCGCUGAACCGGCAUCUGCAGACCCACCUUUAUCCGUACCCGUGCGAUUUCUGUCCCUUGCGGUUCCUGAAGAAAGCCUCCUACACACGUCACAUGUCCGAAAUGCAUCUGACGCACGAGUCGGAGGGCUACACAUGCGAUUAUUGUGGACAGUUCUUCGCCCGGAAGCGAUUGUUUUCGAUGCAUUGGCAUAAACAUAAGGCAGUAGAAGAAGAAAGAUACAAAUGCACACAUUGUAAAAAGUCGUUUGGCAGUGGGUCGCUUCUUAAGCGCCACAUACGGACCCACACAGGCGAAAAACCCUACGAAUGUAAGAAAUGUGGAAAACAAUUCAAUCACGCUGACAACUUCAAUACCCACAAGCGGCUGCACAUCGGCGAGAAAGGCUAUGAUUGCGAGGUGUGUGGAGAGAUGUUCCAAAACUCUCAUAUCCUACGUGUGCACAUGUCCAAACACUUCCCGGAUGAUCCACGCUACCGUUUCCCAUCCCGACCUCCUACUGUGAGUACAGGAAGGAGUAAACCACAGGGUGCAGGGAAGGAGUACAAGUGCACCUUCGAAAACUGUCAGUACGUGACCGAACGAUAUCAGACAUUUUUCCUUCACCGCGCGAAUCAUGAGAAAAAGUUCAAGUGCGAAUUAUGCGAGAAAGCUUUUCCGACGAGGGCGAGAAUGGUCAGGCACGUGGAAAUUGUGCACGAAGGUAAGAAACCCGAAAUGAAACUGUCUUGCCGGUAUUGCUCCAAGCCGUUCAACUGCAAGCGGAAGCUGAUGGUCCACGUGGACGCCCACGAGAACAACCGGCGACAUAAGUGCCGCUACUGCGAGAAGGCAUUUGUGCUCAAGGAAAACUGUACCGUUCACGAGCGCAUCCACACCGGGGAACGGCCGCAUGUUUGUCGCGCGUGCCCGGCCGCAUUCAACUCUACUUCCGGGAGGAAGAAACACGAAAGAACGCACUCGGAGUUGAAUCAACCGGAAGUAAAUGAUGGAACAGGGGAAGGCGCAUCGAGAAUCGGUGGACAGCAAGAAGGAACUGCUAACAACGCAACGGGAGUCAUAGUCGAUUUCAAGGCUUUGUUAGAUGCUUAGUUUUUUUUUCCCACGGCAUAUGACUCGACAAAAUUGAGCAAUUACAAUGACGAACCACAGCAAUAGACGACGGAUACGAUGAUCUGAUGAUGGACGAACGACGAUAACACAGACAAAACUUAUCUCUACGCUCACCUAUUGAGCUGGCUGACGUCCCAUACUACUUUAAAUAUGCUAAGCCUUAACAAUUAAAAAGUCCGUAACACUUGUUUCCGCUUAUCAAUUUAAAUAAAUAUCAAAAUAAAAAAUUAAGAGAAAAACUAUGCCUGAAUAAAUAA